AUGUCGGCGUUCCACGCGAUCGGGCUCUCCUUCAAGGAGGUUUGCGGGCGGUGCUCUGCCGACGACCAGUUCAACGGGAACUACGAGAAGCUGAUCAAGAUGUCGAAUGUGGCGCCCGAGGAGAGGCCCUUCCCGCUGCAGAGCAUCGCGGCGCACAAGAGGAUGGGGCACACUGUCGUGGCGAACUUCGCUGCCAAGAAGGAGUCCGACAUGGCGAAGGCGGAUACAAAGGGCCUCGACCUCGAAGCUCUCGGAGAGAAGGCAGCAAGCAUCCCUAGCCCGUUCAACGCGAACCAGACCCUCCAGGACAUGGCCAUCACGACCGACGACAGCGCCCCCUUCAUCCAGGUCAAGGUGUGGUGCAAGGUGGAGAUCGAGGACAAGAUCGUCAACAUGGACAGCAAGAAGCGCCUCCAGCAGUCGCAGCCAACCAACGUGUUUGACAAGAUGCGGAAGUUACUGAAUGACCAGUUGCCCGUGAGCUUGCGGGGAAACAAGCUUCCGCCAUCUUUGGAGUUCUUGAAGAAGAAAGCAUUGGGCAUGGUGGGCAAGGACACGCCUGCUGAGUCGAAGAGGGGCCUGUUGGAUGCCGAGGCCGAGACUGUUCCAUGCGGUGGUGCAGACGCUGAGGGCGGCUCAUCAACUGCGGCCGCUUCGCGUGAUAUGUUCCCGCUUGCUGCCGACAGCGGAGAUCGUACUCCAAGACCUGCUCCACUACUGGGCGAUCUCGCGGGGUCGCUAGCGACCGUCUCGCAGCCUUCGCCGUCGCCCAAGGCUGCUUGCAGGGUUGAGCCACGAGCGAGCCCCGACACCAAGAGUUGCAUCAGCGAUGGGGCGGGGACAACGACAGGUGCUGGGAAGCGGCGCGGGAAGAAGAGCGAUAAGGAGAAGGAGGCCGACCUCCUUGCCAGGUUGGACUCCGCCAAGGUACUCCAGGGCCAUUACAACGGCAGCGACGUGUACAAUGCAACUCGGUUCGAGGACACCGCAAGCGACAGCAAUGGCAUCUCCAACGUGGGGCGUGCCAGACUCAAGUACGAGAGUGCCUACAAGAUUGUGAAUCCUGGCUCCGUCGACCAGUCCUUCUUGCACAAGACGCUGGAGGAUCUCCACAAGAAGGGGCUGGUCUGGCCCCCAGAGUACGCCCUGAAGCACGUGAAGCUGCGCGUCAAGCACGCACACGAGGUCGAGGACAUGGUUGACGCCAUCAUGCCACUGGGCCGCGAGGAGGAUGACUACAACGACGCCGUUGAGAAGGCCGAGGACGAGGAGGAGCCAACCUUCGAUCCGUUGAAGCCGCGUCUGCGUGAUGUUCCUGCUGCUGAGCCUGCUGCCAUGGUGUCGAGGUUCAGAAGCGUGGUCUCCGAGUUCCUCGUGCAGCCGCUGAUCAAGGCAGGGAAGAACAACAAGUUGCUCAUCAGAUCCCUCCACCAUGAUACCUCCAACGUUCUCAAGGCCACCGACUGUGCCUUGCCAGGCACCAGCGCAGAUGACGUUGCCAUCCUGAAGAAGGCAGUCGAUGAGCUGAUUACCAUCCUCAAGCUGCUGGAAGUCCUGGGUACGCCAUCCGUGGAGCACAUGGUCGGGAUGGACCCUACGACGACGAAGAAGUUCUUGGACGGGAGUUUCGCUGAAGCCUGGCUGCCUUCGAAACAAGACCUCGGGGGCAGCAAAUUUUGGUCGCCGUUGCUGGUGCAGUUCCUGCGGCACAGGGCGGACGAGUUCGCCAUCGCCCCGAAGAUGGCAGCCUUGCUGGUUGAGCUCAGCACCGACAUCAACGACGAGAACAGGUUCAGGGAGAUCGUGGCCGAGCUCAACCGCAUGACGAAGUUGUGCAGGCCACUGUCUUGCGACAGCGGGUGGUGCAAACUGUUUGAUAAUAUGGAGAGGUGGCUCGGCAAGAGCAUCUCCAACGUGAUGCCCGACGACGUCGAGAACAUGAAGGACAUCGACAACUUCGUCGAGGAGAUCUGCAACGCCACUGCCUUCCCCGAGAACUCUUGGGUCGGGGGUAAGUUGGAUUCCAUGCGCCGCGUGUCCCUUGCGAAGCUGGAGGACAUGAAGAAGAUCGACGGCUCGAAGAGAAUGCUUGAUGCACUGGCCUCCUUCACUGCCAACCCAAACCUCGAGACGACGAACGUGCUGAAGAAAGUGAGCUACCAGAGGCACCUCCUCUUCACCGAUGCGGAGCAGGUGACCGCCGCGCGGGAGGCUUUGCACGCAGGCACCUCGUUUGCGAUGACAACGCUGGGGUCAUAUUCGUCUGCUGGUGGGCGUACUGCGGAGGAGUGGGUGAAGGCGUUGUCUCGGAUCAAAGACAUGAGGAACCUCUUGACGGGGAAGGUGUUUUCGUUCUUGUCCGAACCCGAGCCAGCCGACGAGGAGGCCAAGGUUUUGGGGGGCCUCAUCUUAGACAAGGCGACUCUCGUCACGUGCUUCCUCGAGCUCCAAGCUGAAGGUGAUGAUGCAGAACAGCAGGCGGCAUCCGAUCAGGGCAACGACUCGUGCGAGAACUUGUGGGUUUCUUACAAGUCCGACCGCAGCCAGCUUUGGAAGUCGCAGAUCGUCCUGGGCGCCAGCGAGAGCUGGAGCGACGCAGCCAUCCAGUCUAAGUAUUCCAAGUUCUUCAUGGUGGAGUCGAUGUCUGAGAGCGUAGCCGCGAACAUCCAGACGGCCCUGAGUGAGUACGCCGUGGCAUCACUGGCUUCGGAGGCGCAGGCGCUGAGCAAGGCGGUCGACCAGCGUUGCGGUGGCAUUCGGCGCCUCCUGCGAGGAGGCCCACUCGAUGGUGGCGACUACAGGGGCAACGAUCCCGCAGCGAGAGCGAGGAUGACCUACGAUGAGGUAGCUUCAGCGGCCGAGGAGACGCUGUUCUCUGCGAAGAUGAAGGGCUCGAGCAAGAGGCUCUCGCAGACGCGCCAGACGGCGCGAGAGGCAUUGAAACACUACAAGAAGUCUGCGAGCGACCUGCACAUUGACUUCAGCUCGGAUGCGACGUUCGGCCCGCUUGAGAAGGCGGUCGUCGAGGGUACGAGGGGCAUCGAUUCAAUUCUGGCUGAGCUCAAAAUCAUCCACAACCUUUCGAGGGAUAAGAAAACAAGCCUAGCUCAGCGCCAGAGCCGCGUGGAGGAAGAGCUCAACCGCGCAAGCAACAUGAUCGGAGACGUUCCUGAGAUACAGUUGCACGAGAGUGUGAAAACGAAGGCGCUUGAGUUCAUGAGGGCCUGA